AUGCGCAGUCACCAACAACAACAACCACCGGACAACCUGGUUGGUCUCGUGGAAACAUACUCUCGAUCAGUCGGACUCAUGUCUCAGACUCGCUUUCUGAUGAAUCGUGAAGCCGCGUUUGACGAGGCAAUAUUGGCUGCCGUGGUAUUUCCCGCGACCAGGCAUGAAAACAUAUACAUACAUAUAACCCACGAUCCCCAGCUCCGGCCUGUCCCGUCGACAACUAUACCCCCUCCACGCCGAAAUAUAUAUCAUGCGAGACGACCUCUCGCGUUGAAGCGGACAUUCCGACGCACCUACGUCGCCCUGGAAUCUUUCUUGCCAUCAUGUCCCCAAGCUUGCUGCUUCCCUGAAACUCGCGUUCUCAACGCUAUUGCUCCCAGGUUCUGUACGAGUGCAGACGGCUGGAACCGCAGGGUGCAGGCUCGAUACAUCACACACCACGGCAUGGCUUGCAUCAUCAAACGAAAUCCCAACCGGUUGGCACCACAGCUGGGACUCUGCUCACUUAUAUUCUACCAGGUUCGCUCCUCUUGCCAGGAUCAAUAUACACCGACUUUCAAGAACCGAAUGCUAGCGUCCGCCGCCCGAAUGCAGUCGGAGGGCUCGGAGCCUCUUUCACAGGGUGUAGAUAAUAAUACCACCGGAACUUUCACCAUCAGUCCCUCCCUACCUCUGGCAGACCCGAAUCAGGCAACUCCCAAUCUUGUGUCAACUACGCUGAGCAUUAUUCUCCAGCCCAAUGCUGGACCGAUCAAGAUGCUCUUGUGCUUGAACACAAUACAUCGUCUUGGAGUUCUUGUCGAAAUCGAAGAAUGCUAUUGUCUGUCGACGCACCAGUCGAGACAAAGACUUGUGAAUUUCGCUGAGUAUUCACUAGCUAUGGGAGUGAGUGCUCGUCGACUGCAUAAAUAUGAGCGGGUCCACCAGGCUGGAAUAAUCACACAGCUUUCACACAGUAUUGAAGACAUCGACUUGUCAGGCACAGGUCAGCAAAUCUUCACAACAACCAUUAAGCCCGCAGUCAUGUCCGGAUAUCCUUAUGGAUAUUCUGGCUACGGCCAAUCAAGUAGCUCGUCACGCUACCCAGCCCGAACUGUCUCGCCUCUUGGUCAGUCACGCUUCGAAGGCUCGUCGCGCUACCAUAGCAGUAGCCGAACCUUCGAGGUAAGACCUCAGCCUGACUUCUCUCGUCGGGAGAGCGAACUUGCUCAACUCAGCCGGACACAAACCAUCACCGGCCCCACACCCCGUAGUUCCACACGUCGGCCCAGCGACAACUACGGAUCUUCUGGAAUCGACAUCUCCAGCUAUGGCGGUGGCUCGUACAACCCGUACGCUCCAUCGUCGAGCUACAAUGCUUACCGGUCUCCAGAGUCUUCAAGCUCAUCGUUCCGGGAUGUAAACUAUCAGCAAGCUUCCUCGACCUACCGCGACUCGCCUAGCUCUUCAAGCUAUGGUCGCGGUUACAUGUCAGCUUCAUCCCGGCCGAGCGAUAUCUACGUCCCUGACUCGCUACGAAUUGGCCGCUCCGACGCUCGUUACGAUGAUCGAUACUUCUCAUCGUCUUCAGCGUCUGCCGGCUACGGAAGCUACUCGACACGCGACAUCACUCCGUCGUCGUCGAGUGGCUUGCGCCGUAGCGAUGCCCAACGGCCUCGUCUCGAGAUGCCACGAACACGAACUAGACUGACAUUUCAUUGGAGGCUUUCUACUAGGUUUCGCUUUUCUUGUUCGGAAUUCUGCUUUCGGGAGGCUGUAUCAACCACAGAUUUAUCUACUUUUCCUUAA